CAUUCACUAUGAACCUAACCCGGAUUGGAAGCUCUUGUCUGCGACCUCCAGGAGAGAGUUGUUGGAACUCGAAGAGAACUCCAUUUUUCCAUGGAUUCGGUACAAUUUCGUUUUGCAGAGACAUUCCAGAAUGUACGAAGCGACGGUGGGAGUGCCUGCGUUGGUUAUCGGCUCCCUGGUGUUGAUUUCGUUUUGGAUAUCCCCACUGGAAGAAAACAGAGUAAACAUCUCAUGCGUCAGCUUAAUUUGUCACUGCCUGUACCUCAUGUAUUUGGGGUCGAAACUGGAGAACACUGGGAAGAAGAGCCCGUUGAUAGUACAGCUAUUCCGGGACUCCCUGUUACUUUCAGGACUAUCCUUGCUGCUUGCCAUCACUUUGCGAUGCUUAACAUCCACUUCAGCAGCCCCCCAUCGCUGGGUAAUUGGGAUCAUAAGUUGGACGCUGAGUUACCGGCCCGGUCAACUUCUUCUCCUGACAAAAAUGUCACCAAAGUAUUGGCUGAGGAAGACUGCAGUACCAGUCCUACACAGAAGACGGAAACACUUCGCCUGAAGGAAGAUAUUCUGCGGGACUACGACACAAGCGUACGGCCAGUGCUUCACCAUAGCAGCCAGACUGUCGUCUACGUCUCCAUGUUCCUUAGGAGUAUCAAUUUCGAGCCAUAUAUCAGCUCGAUUGGAAUUCAUUGUUGGAUGAUCUGGGAAUGGACGGACGAACAUUUACAGUGGAAUCCAUCAGAUUAUGGAGGGUUGGAUAAUCUUCAUGUGGACAGUUACGAGAUCUGGGUGCCAGAGGUCUCCGAGUUCGACUCAAAUACCGUUUGGGAUGUGGAAUUGAAGAUGCCCAGUGGGAGAUGUGAGCUAGAAUCAACAGGCAAAGUAAGCUGUGUUCCUUCAACGGUGUACUUCACACUUUGCAAUCCGGACUUAACCUACUGGCCCUACGACCAGGUUAACUGUUCGCUUCGACUAGGAGCCUGGAUGCAGUACGGGGAGGAGAUUAAUAUCACUACCACACAGGAAAAUGUGAGUACACAGGUUGAUUUGCUUGAUUAUAAAGGAAAUCGGGAAUGGAAUCUGCUGUCUGCCACAGUCAGGAUGCAUCUGGAAGACUACGGAAACAAUAAUACCUUCCCAUGGAUUCAGUACAGCUUCCUGUUACAGAGACAGUCCAGCUUGUACGUGGCUACGCUGGGUGUGUCAGCACUGAUGUUCGCCGUUUUAGUUCUGACCACAUUCUGGCUCCGACAUGAUGGAGCCAGUCGCAUCAACCUGUCAUGCGUCAGUUUGUUCUGCCACUACCUGCACCUCCAGUACCUGGGCUGGCUGCUGGAGAACAACGGUGACACCUGUCCGCUAGUAGUGCUCUUCUUUCGCGACUCGAUGCUGUUGUCAGGGCUGUCCAUGGUGGUUGCCAUUACUUUGCGAGGUGUGACCUCCACUUCGGCAGCCCCUCCUCUUUGGACAGCUCAGACCAUAAGUUGGAUGCUACGUUAUCGGACUGGCCAGCUCCUCCUUCGAUUAAAGCUAUCAGCUGAAGGCGCUGGAUCCGACAGGACGGGAGGAACUGAAGAAUCUGAGCCCAUAGGAAACCUUCCUGCAGACGACACGCAUGGCUGGGCGCUGAUCGCCAUUUUGGUCGAUCGAGUUUGCUUUCUAGUGUUCACUUUGGUGUAUUUAUUCUUAUUUGCUAGAUGUCUGGUGUAAGAGAUAUGCUUAGUUGGAAAUUUCGGAUUAUGACAACAGUAGCCUCUGGUAUGACAUGCUA